AUGCUUGCUCGUCAGAGAUCUGAUUAUGCCGUUGCAAACUGUCUAGUCUUGUUUGUGUCACACCUGAUUUUCCACGUAUUCCCUUCUGGCGGCGAACGCAUCAACCCGGUGUGUCAAAUUCAGGACGCUACAUGCAAGUGCCUUUUCAACGAAGCAGCCGCCACUACCGAAAGUCUUUCCAGUCUCCUACUAUCCUGCUGCAAACCAACUGUCUUCAAAAUCUGGUUCCAUGGAGAACGAUUAGGACAACUGCCUCCAAAUGUCUUUUACGAGGUACCUUGCCACAAUUUGGUAGAUGUACGCAUCUCAGACACGCGUGUAGACUCCCUUCCACCAAACGGACUUGGGUUUAGCGGUCUUCCAAAUCUUCAGUCUCUUCAUCUUACGGGAAACAGGCAACUCUUCUUCCUUCCACAAGCCGCCUUUACUGGCCUAAGUGUUAGCCAUCUCAAUCUGUCCGGAAAUAGUCUCAACCGAGUAACGCGAGAUGCCUUUCUGGGCUUAAAUGAGGAAUCGGGCCAGCUGCGUAGUCUGGACCUGAGCGAUAAUCAGAUUCGGUACCUGGAACCGGCAUGGUUUCCACCACGUAGGGGAAGCCAGUUGAGCAAACUGGAACUGCGUGGUAACAAGCUGGAAAAGUUGCACCCAGGCAUGUUGAGCGGGUUGGAGUCUCUAGAGGAACUGGAUCUACGUCAAAAUCCCCUCAAUGCCAUCAUUGGUGGAACAUUCAGUAAGCUCUCUGUCCUCCGUCAAUUGCUCAUUUCGGGUCCUCCCACCGGAAUGAAUCAGGCCAGCCUCGGACGGUUGACGCCAGCCAUGUUCCAUGGACUACACCAUCUUCAGAGGUUGAGUCUUUCCCGAUUGGGUGUAAGUUCCAUUGAUUUGGAUAGUUUCCUGGAGUUGCGAGCUCUUCGUGAUUUGGACCUGUCCGGUAACGCACUCGAGGAAGUGCCCGGGCCUGCCCUCGAGAGGCUAUCCCUCACCCAGCGCAAUCGCCUAACUACCCUGAACCUGGCAGACAAUCGAAUCACCUGUCUCCCCUCAAGCGGACUCUCGAAACUCAUGCGACUUCGGCGUCUGGACCUGGGUAGAAACCAACUUACGGUUAUUGGUAGUUUGGCUUUCGAGGGCCUCAGAGCACUGCGGGAAGUAAAUCUCCUGGACAACCCUCUGCAAUUAAUUGCACCUGAUGCAUUUCUCCACUUCUCCGGCGACGGCAUCCUUCAGAUCGUGCAUGAACCGGCUAGCGGUCAGCUAAAUGUGCACUCCGACAACCCCACUGUCCGGUUGCCGAGGCACAGUCAGGUGCAGCAGAAUUUCACCAGUAUCAUGAUGGAGAAGUGCCCCACUGUGUCUACAACGAAAGCGGCGCUGCCGAGUCAUCGACAGUCGGAGGAUUUCCCGAUGACCAAUUUGCAAUCAGGCAACAAAAUUUCCACGAUAAUCAUUACAAUUUGCCUAGUUCUCGUGGUGAUAGUGGUCUCCGCUACUGUGAUUUCCUGUCGGGGCUGUCGUAGACGCGGGGCUGUUGAGCGCUCUAAGCGGUCCUACUCCAACCACCAAUGUAGCAGUCAUCAGGACCACAAUUCCGGCUCUCUGGUAAAAGGUUACGAGGGUUUGCAAUAUCAGCCCGCAAGUGAUAGCAUCUUCCAGCCUACCUGUUGUCCCGCCGAGCUUCCAUCACUUUGCCAAGCCAAACCAAUGUGCUGUCAAUUGCAACCGGUAAAGAGCUAUGAGGUGGAUUGCAAUCACUGUGGAGGUAGAGAGAAGGUGAAAAUGAGUAGGGCCAAGAGACGACGGAAACUUUUUACACUGGGUCAGAAACUGGCCCCGCCGCCCUACCCCCACAACGGACCCACUGUGCAAGACAAACUUCUUCAGACAGUGGGUUCAGCCAACAUAUCACCCCGGUUAGUGGGACCCUGCAACAGCCUAGGUCCGGCCUCGCCGAAGAGACAGCCGACCGUUGUGUCCACUGCAGAGCUCUCGGCCGCUGCGCAGAAGACUACUUUGGGCCCUGGGGGGACGACUUCUGGUGAGACCUCACCGAAUCUAAGCAACCUGGGCAGUUCGCCUGGAUUUUCCAGCUCCUCUUCCGUCCCUCGGACAGCAGUCUCGCCUCAGCGGUACCAUCACACCCACCGUUAUCACCAGCAAGCGGAAGCAGAAGACAUGUUCCCGGUCGGUAAGGUGACGGGCACAUCUCCAUUGCAUGAGUCUGGUAUCGCCUCCGAUAACAAUUCCUCCCUGGUGACUGCGCUUGGUAUCCUGUGA